GUGUGUGUGCGAGCGCAGGCGGGGAGGGGGCUCGCUUAGCACCCGGAGGCCCUGAUCUCAGGUCCCGGGGUCCCGGUGGCGGCCGGAGCGCUCGGUCCGCAGGCGGCCGGCGGGUGGACCCCUCCCGCCCCACGCGCGCGCCCGCCUUACCCCCGGGCAGCCUCCUCGGCUCCCGCGCGGCGGCGGUUCCUCCCCCUCCCCCAGCCCUGGCUCCGGGGGACCCCGCGAUGCCGGUCCGCACCGAGUGUCCCCCGCCGGCCGGUGCCUCGGCCGCCUCCGCCGCCUCGCUCAUCCCGCCGCCGCCCAUCAACACGCAGCAGCCCGGCGUGGCCACCAGCCUGCUCUACAGCGGCUCUAAGUUCCGCGGCCACCAGAAGAGCAAGGGUAACUCGUACGACGUGGAGGUGGUGCUGCAGCACGUGGACACGGGGAACUCGUACCUCUGUGGGUAUCUGAAGAUCAAAGGCCUUACUGAGGAGUAUCCAACCCUCACGACCUUCUUUGAAGGAGAAAUCAUCAGCAAAAAGCACCCUUUCUUAACCCGAAAGUGGGAUGCGGACGAGGAUGUGGACCGGAAGCAUUGGGGCAAGUUUCUGGCUUUUUAUCAGUACGCAAAAUCGUUUAAUUCAGAUGACUUUGAUUACGAAGAGCUGAAGAGUGGGGACUAUGUCUUCAUGAGGUGGAAGGAGCAGUUCCUGGUCCCGGACCACACGAUCAAGGACAUCAGUGGUGCUUCCUUUGCCGGCUUUUACUACAUCUGCUUCCAGAAGUCGGCGGCCUCCAUAGAGGGCUACUAUUACCACAGGAGCUCGGAAUGGUAUCAGUCGCUCAAUCUCACUCAUGUUCCAGAACACAGCGCGCCCAUCUAUGAAUUCCGGUGACAGCAGUCCGGGACGGCAACCAAAUAAACUGAACUUGGCAAAAAAGAACUUUGCCAAGAAAACUGUGUACCUGCCAGAACCAGGAGAACGUGUGUUCCUGUUUCUUCACGAGCAGACUCGCAUCAGAAAGCAUGAAUGUCAACCCACGGCAUCCGAGGAGUGCGGCCGACCAGCAAGGGCAGGUGGAGGGCGGCCUCGGUUCCUCUUCCCUCUCUGUGGCAGUUUGGUCUUAAGCUGUUUUUAAGCUACCGUAAAUGCACUUUUCCUCCUGCACAGCUGACUUCUGUAUCACUGAGACGCACAUCCCUUCCCCCACGGCCCCCUCCAGCCCCGGCCCCCCUUGGCCUUGGUGCUCAGUGGUCCCCACCAGGCCCCCUGCCCCCCGAUUGCUUACUCUGGUAGCUCAAGGGAAGGCCGAGCCCAGCAGCCGUGCGCCCCCGGAGCCCUGUGCGGGGAGGCGGCUGAUCGCUCGGCGGGGUUGGGGCACUGCCAGCCCUGGGAUUCCCGCGCUGAGCUAGUCAGUGGCUGGCAGCUUCCCUGGGCCUGCCAUCCAGGUCACAGGAUUUAAGGCUUCCAGAUCCCUGGCAGGGACAGAUUCCCGUCCUGCUCACUCAGCACGUUUGCUCCAAACUUUUGAACUUGAGGGCAAUACUAAACUUAAAAAAAAAAAAAAAAAAAGUUUUUUUUAUUACAAAAUUAUUUUUAUGGUCCCUUUAACAAGGACCCUAUGGCAAAUGCACAAUUAUUCAGAAUUACAUUUUAUCGUUUUCACAUUGAAAACAGCAAAUGUUGACUUAGUAGUUUUUAUACCUAUAUUCUAUUUGUAAAUGUAUAUUUAAUCAGCCAGCAGUUUGAAACUGGUCACGUGGUACAGAAGUUUUGCAGCGUUGCGUCGGUCACAGCGCUAAGCGUGAGAGCCGUUUUGGGGGCCAGUUUAGCAUUUGUGCGUCCUCCUUUUGCUACUCGGAACAGCAGUGCUUCGCGGCGCCCUAUCCCACCAGGCAGAAGGAGCCGCUCUCCCCAAACCGCAGCUCGGCCGCGUUGGCGUGGGGAAGGGGUGAGAGCAUGCGCACUCCCAGAGCUCGCGGCUCACGUGCCAAAGUGUGUGUGUGUCUGUGCGCGUGUGCACGUGCGCGUGCAGUUGUGUUGUUUAAAUGUUUAGAAAGCUUCAUAGCGUGGCAUCCGCUGUAGCCCGCAGACGUGGGCAGGGCUUGGGGGAUUGGCAUUUGCUGGUGCUUUACAAGACUUGCUCAGAAUACCGGAGGGAAAGCUUUAACAACGAGGUAGUGUUUUAACCCACGGGAGCAAAACAAACGCGAGGUGCACGUCCACGGGCGGAGUAAGAAAGCACAAAGCCCUUCCGUCUAGGUGCGUGGUGGGGCAAUCUUUUAUUCCCAAGAAGUGACUUUGGUUUAUUGACGUACGUACUGUAUGUUCCUGAGGUUGAGUGUCAGGAGAAGCCUUAAAGGAGAAGUGUUGGGGAAGGUGGUGGGUGGGUGUCAGGGCCGCUGGGCUGUGUGGUCCUGAAGCUCCCUGCAGAGAUGCAAGCAUCCACCUGGAAAGGCCAGGGCCUGGGGACCCUGGAAAGUUGCCUGGUGGCUGCAGUGGAGAGAUGCUUCACGUCUGUCUCCAGAGAUGAGUCAGAAACGUUUUCUGGAUUUUAAAACUCCCAAAGGCAGCGGAGUGGCUGGCUCUGGUCAAUCCCAGCUCGGGGCACAAGGCCUGGGCCAGCACUGCAGGGCGUAACCAGCUCCUUGAAGGGUUCAGGUGCCACUCAGAAUGCCGAGGGUGAGGUCCGCCUGGAGCCUGUCGGGGCCCGCGUGUGUGUGUGUCCUCCAGUGGGCAGGGCAGGGUGUCUGCACGGCGCUGCUGCUCGGCUGCCCGGGCGGGCCGGGCUCUGUUGUGGGCUGGCUUCCUUGCUGAGCCAGGGGUCAAGUGCCGCGGUGUUUGGGGAUGAAGAAGUGGUACCCUUUGCCAGCUCUUUGGGACACACCUGUGAUGAAGAUUGGUUCUCGUACAAACCUGUCUGUUGAGGAUGCAGAAGGAGUGGUUUCCACAUCCCCUGAGUAACUCCCAGACCAUCUGCCCUGACUUAGUUCCCGAAGGAGCUCGGGCGGUCAUCCCCAGCCGAGGUUAUUCUUUCCUGAGCCCUCUCGUAACCCACAUGCCUCUGCUUCUAUGUGCAGUGUUCUUGGUUGACUCUUCUAUUCGUUGUUCAGAAACGAGUGCAGAUGCGCACUCCCUGCCGUCUCCCCCACCCCCUCCUCAGGACGCGGCUCCUGCUCUGCUCAGAUCCCCUCCACCCCGCCCUCCCCGCCCCGCCACUCCUGCUGGUGUCGUCCCCUCCCACCCUCCCAUCCUUUCAGACUUGACGGCGUCUCAGCUGUGGUCCCCCAGUAACUAAGCGAUGCCUCCCGUGAAGCAGACGGUCCAUCUGCCUGCUGGUUCUGCGGUGAUGUGCACAGCACAAACUCCAGGGGAGCCAAGGGGGCUUUUCAAUGUCUUUUGCUUUCAGAAACAGGGAAUUUAUAUUCUAAGGCCUUGAAUUGAUUUUUUUUUCCUCAUAAAUAGUCAGAUAAGCUAAUUUUUAAAAAGAAAUGCCAUUGAGUAUGUGCAUUGUGGUUUAAAAUUACUAACAAGUUCUGGGAAAGAAAAAUAAUAUUUGAUUUUGAAUCUUACAUGUUUUUAAAAAUUAGAUUUGAAUGGGCAAAAAGUGAGUAUUUUGUUUCUUUAGGGAAUACAUGUGGAAAGGGUUUGAGGGUUUGGGACGGGAGAAGUAUUUUGCAGAGCUAUCAAUGUCCAAAUAAUUUUUAAAAAAUAAUAAAGGUAUUUAAGCAGUGA